CGGUCAAGAAGAUUCGCUGUGGCAGCGAGGUCGCGUUUAGCCACCUGAUCGGGUGGCAUUCAGCCACGCCUGGUUCAACUCCCGCUUUUUCAACAGAGGCAAACCUCGGCCGCCCAGCUGCUGUCCCUCAACAACUGCCACCAUGGCGUCCUCUAUGGCUACAUCAAUUCCUUCAGGCAGGCGGAUAGUUCUGCUUGUCCAUGUCGUCGAUACUCUCCUUCCUGAGAUGCGCAAUCAAAACGGUGUUCAUUGGAAGUGUAAGAUGGCAAUGGAGAGACGGUUGAGAGAUUCUUAUCCUGAUUGCGAGUUGAUUGUCAAUGACAUCCCUUGCGAUUUGACUGGAAAGGGCCAGAAAGUCGACUGCGGGAUAAUCCCAGCGCGAAAAUGUAUCGAGGAGAAAAAGCAGGAGCUAGGGUUUGUCGGCUCUUUUAUAUCAAUUCAUGUCGUGCUUUGGAAGGCGAAGAAGAGACGAGGGUCCGCAGGUAUUAAACGCGAUAAGCGUUAUCUAGAUUUCAUUCGAGAGAAUGUAGUCCACGUGUCGAUAGUGGGCGACGGUAGGCUGUCUCAAGGUGAUCAGGACCUCUACACCAUGUGUUCAGAAUGUUUGCCCUCGACUACGAACGGGCCAGAAGUUCCUAAAAUCUGGGCAGGCUGGCCACCAAAUGAGCUAAACUUUUACUUGACGGGGUUCACUUCUGAAGAACUACGAAUCGCAGAAUUAUCUGGACGCGAUGGCAAUAACUUCCUGCCGCCUGAGACCCUGGCUGUGUCGAACCGAGCUGCGACCGGCACACACGCACAACAUAAUUCUGUCCCCGCUUCCACUCUUGCAGGCCCAUCCUCAGUCAGGCUCGAGGCUCUAAGGAACCAGCCACCAUCUCAGUUUGCUACGGGUUCAGUUGAUCCAUGGCAGAGGCAUGAUGGGGAGACAUCGGAGCAAGUCACGCCGCAACAACAACAUGCCGACCACUAUUACACGUUCAGUGAACAAAGAAAUGUGCGCCAAAAUGCAUACACAACUUAUACAGCAUUUGAAGCUGCAACUGACGAUCGUGGAUCAUCAUCGUCCAUGAUCACUGUUGUCAUGGAACGCGAACAAAUGCUUGGUUCCGCCGGUCCUUCUCCACCGUUGGCUGAAGACACAAACCAACGUCUCGGUUCUCUGAGCAGCUGGGCAGCAGGAACUCAGACGCCUUCGACGCCUGAUCCCUCUCUUACGCGAAACCUUGAAAGGUCAAGCCGGAAGAGAGCGUUGGAUGCCGUGCCAGCGAACGCCCCCGAGAAAAGACCGCGGCUGGAUAACGUCGUGCAAAACUCGACGACAGCACAUCUUGCUCAGCUUGCACGUCUAGCUGGUACUUCUCAAGAACCCUUGACAAGACGACCAGCGAUCGCAGGCAGUACAGGCGCAAGGAAUGGGAAGGGCAGGGGUAGGGCGACCGUAAUGCCCCAUGCAGGACUACCUGGUACAGGAGGAGAGGCCUCGACAAGUCGAGCGGUUUCGAUUGGUAGCGACGGUCAGAAGAAGGAUGGCGAUUCGUCAGCCAUCACUUCGCUAAAUGAAGCAAGAACAUCCUGGAUGAACGAUGCAGCAAUCACCAGCAGUAUGAGAACUCCAGCGGCUGUUUCGACUGUCACAAGUGGCAUUCCGUUGCGGAACGCGGUCCAGUCAGCCCCUCUGGGAGCAAAUGGCAAAUCGCAGAUUGCUGCUGCACAAUUUUCGGAAGGCGGUUUGAAUAGUAUGCUCACGGAGCAGAGAGAAGGGCCGGUAAACGAGACCAGCAAGAUGGCGAAGGAGGCCAAGGGUAAAGGUAAAGAGAGGAGUCUGAAACAGUCUUCAUCUAUCGCAUUGCCGCGUCCACCAACGUCCAGCAUGUCAAACUCUGCGAACCCAUCAGUCGACACCUCCGGGAGUAGGAUCAAUUUACAAAGCAUGCCACCGCCAAUUAUGGCAUCUUCAAGCGCAUUGAAGGACUUGUUUCCGUCAGUCGCUCCGAGGGCGACCGUCGACGCAUCCACGCAACCGCAUAACAAUCAUUCUCUUCCGCAUGCGGGUCAAACGAGCGAGUCGAUCAGCAGAACCGGUCUACCUGAUACUUCUCCCGGAAGGCCAAGCAAUAGCUUUCGCUCGAGCGAUGAUAGCACUGACAGCCUGUUUGAUGCGAGCUAUUCCAUCAGUGGUAUCCUGGCAGAUCGUAGCAUGAAAUCACCGUCAGUGAGUGCGGAAAGAAAUCGUGUCAACAUGUCUGCUUCCAUCGGGACAGCGCCUACGGGCAGCAAUGUCUUUGAUGAUGGUCUUAAUGCUCGAAGCAUUUCGCAGGGCAUCAGAGUCGUUCAACCGACAGCUGACGCCUCGACCUUGCGGGUCCAAGAGUCGGACUCUGUGUCGACCAACAGUACCACUUCCUCUCGACCCGUGGGCAACGUCGACAUCAGAGUUGUGUGUGAUCGUUUAAUGCGGCACUUCCCGGACGACCGCAGCAACCCGGUCUACCAGGCAAUGUUCGCUCUGUACGCUCAAUUACAAAAAGCUUCUGGGAACAGCAUAAGCGUGGGUCCAAGCCUAGUUCUCAGUGAUUCAACGAACCAGACAACAGAUUUGCAUGACGGGAGUUUGGCCGCGCCGACGGCAUUGGCGCGAAGUGUGUCAGGGUUGAGUCCGGCGAGCAGAAGGAGCUCGACUACGGCGUCGCCAGAUAAGCAAAAUCCCGUCUUCGCUAGCAGAAGAAGCUCAGGCGUCGUAUCCGAAAACAAGGAGAAUGUCAGCAUCGAGUGCGAAAAGAGCUCGCAGGAUGACGGGAGCGGCGCCGUUUUGAGUGCGAGUACAAACGAAGCAGACGUGUCCGCGCUGGAGCGCAAGGAUAUCGAGACGAACGACGAUGCACAAGAAGGACACAAUAGCAAACAGACGGUCUUCUCUCUCGCGGCGGAGUCGAACUCUGAUGCAAAAGAUGUGCAGGCGGGGGAGACCCGAGAUGAUGGCGAUGGCGAUGCUAAUGAAAGCGCGGUCGAACUCCGCGAUGAAGACUUCCAGUUCUUGGAUGUUGGUGAUGAAUGGGAGGAUCCUUCAUCGGAUGAUAUCGUGGAAGGACGCCCAUCUGACCUUGGUGUAUUCGACGACAUUCUGGAGAAUCAGGCUGUGGGUAGUGCUUCGGCAGAGCAGCAGGCCGAUCGGGUUGGCCUGGCAUCUAAUGUGCAGCCUUUGGAUUUGACAGAUGACGAUGGGGACGGGGAAUCGGAAUCGGAAUCAGAAAGCGACUCGUCUGGCUCGUCCUCGGAUGAUGAUUCUGAUUAGGAUGUAUCAACGCGCCGUAUGAAAGGAUGGAGAGAUCCGUUUUGCAAGUGUCAUAGCUGACAGGAUUGAUCUCACCUGCUAUAUCAUCUUAGCUGUAAUGUACCGUGAAAUCUCAUGUUUGGAUGUAUGUAUGGAUGGAUGGAUGUACCUUUGUACCCUAAUGUCAAUAGUAUCAGC